CUUGGUCGCUCUUGGCCUCUUCCCUUAUCUCUUUUGUGAGAAAACAACUCAGCAGCCAGCUCCCUUAUCUGAACCAAAUUCCAUUGUACCACAAACUCAGCAAACCCAUUGAAAAGAAAAGCAAAGACCCACAACAGUCGGUCAAUGAAUAUUUGAGGUUGUACUUCAAGCAAUCCAACAAUUUUUUUAAUAAAAUUUUAUAAUCCCACCACCCCCACAUAUGAUCACUAUGAAUUCUGACAAUGGGAGGCCUAAUUUUCCUCUUCAAUUGCUAGAAAGUAAGCACCUUCAAGAACCACUGCCACCACCUCCUCCUCCUCCUCCUCAACCUUCCUCCUCCUCCUCCUCAUCUAAGAAACCUCCUCCUAAACGCACCUCCACCAAGGACCGCCACACUAAAGUUGAAGGCCGUGGUCGCCGCAUCCGUAUGCCGGCCACCUGUGCUGCCAGGAUCUUUCAGCUUACUCGUGAGCUUGGCCACAAAUUUGAUGGUGAAACCAUUGAGUGGUUACUACAACAAGCUGAACCUGCUGUAAUUGCUGCCACUGGUACAGGUACCAUUCCUGCUAACUUCACUUCCCUUAACAUCUCUCUUCGCAGCUCUGGCUCUUCCAUCUCCGCCUCUCACCAUCUUAGAAACACGUAUUCUAAUCCCAACUUCACUGCCCAUCAACAACUGUGUAUGAGAAAUGAAUGGGAAAGAAACAUAGUCGUCAAUGAUGCUUCCCAACAGCAGCGAAGGAUUCUGAUUCCUUCGCAGGAUUCACUGUGCUUCAGUGCUAUAAAUUCAAGUAAUAAUGUGGGUGGGAAUUUGAAUGUCUUACAAGGAUCAUCAACUGCUAAUAAACAAGAAGUACGUGGAGGUGGCGAAACUUCUUGUCUAGAUGUCACCGACGGGGAGACAAUUCUAGAGAGAAAGCGGAGGCUGGAGAAUGAAUUAGCUCAUGAUCAGAUGGGAAGUUAUUUGUUGCAAUCAACUAGUACAGGGGCACUUGCGGCGACUCAUAGUCCGAUCCCGGCAACAUUCCGGAUGGUGUCUAGUAAUCAUAAUUGUAAUAACCAAGGGAUAAGCAGUGAUGCAAUGGUGGCAUUUCCAUCUUUUAGUGCUAAUACUAAUAUGUACAAGGGUUCUAUGUUUGGUGGGUUACAUUUUAUGAAUUUUCCUCCGCCAAUGGCUCUAUUGCCUGGCCAACAAUUGGGCGGACGUGAUGGUGGCAGCGUCGUCGGCAGUAGUAUUGUCAAUGAAAGUCAUUUAGGUAUGCUGGCUGCGUUUAACGCUUGUAGGCCAAUUAUGGGCAGUGGUGGUGCCUCGGAGUCUCCGGCAAGUGAGUCGAACCCACAAAAGGAGAAUGGAGGAGAGGACGGGGACGAUACAAGAAGAAGCUAAUAGAGCAUUGCUAGCGAGAUAAGAAAUUGCAAGCAAGCAUAUAUGGUUUGAUCAAUGCUUUAAAGUUUUAGUUACUAUACAAGUGCAUUUUGCAGUAUAGGCUUAAGGUUUGAUUGCUUUAGAAACAUUUUAGUUAUUCGAUUUUGGUGUGAUUAUUAGUGAAAGAAAAUUUUAGGGUUUGAUGAAGGAGAGUAUUAACAAGAAUGUUUACUUGUUUUUGUUAAGGUACAUAUCUAUGAUAUCUCUUUGUUAAGGAAAGAAAACAUUUGUCGCUGCUUGAGAAUUCUCCCCUCCCCCCCUCUCUCUAAACACCACAUGAAAAAAUAGCAGAGGCUGAGAUAGAGAUUGGAGAAGCCCAUCCAUUGUUAUCGCAGUUGAUAGUUUAAUAAAGCCAAGCCCCCAAUUAAUUUUGCAUUCACUCACAAGAUGAUUCCUGCUCAUAUAUUCAUAUACAUAAGGGGAGCUGGUGGGUCUUGAUGAUGAGUGAUGAUAAUGAGGCUGCCACGCUCUCCCAACCCCACACACAGACAGCGUCGGUCUCUGCUAUUCAUCGAUCUGCCCAAUUGCAUGCCUGAUGUGGGAUCGAUCUGGUCUGGCAAAUUUCAAAAUUAUCUGUUGGCUUUACUAUAGCUUCUGUUUAAGUAAAUCGAUUCAUCAUUUAUACAUAUUGGUUUCAAAGGCUUUAUAUAUUAUUCUUUGCUGCUA